AUGGUCGGCACAAUCAAACAACAGCUCUACAUUAGCGGUGUCCCUCAAGGGCUCACCAUGACGGUCACUGCUCUGAAUCUCCUCCCUCCUGACCCACCCAAAGAAUGGCGAGCAACGCUAUACGACCGUAGUGGCCGAGAACGUAAAGCACCCUUCGUCAUAGGGCCCAAUAUUGACGGAGGCCAUAUCGGCGAGGUGAAAAUGUACGGCGCACACGCCUUCCCAAGUAACAGCUUGGGAGCGCGCCUCGAAAUCCUCUGGAAGCUGGAAGGCAACGCCACGAGAGUGGCAGCUCGCAGCGGUGACAGCGAUGAUGGUGCUGUCGCAUAUGUGACCGUCCCGCCUGAGGAAGAGGUCGAGCACCCCGCAUUGAAGCCAGCUGAUGCCGAACCUGAACCCAGAGGUGCGGACGAGAAACCGCCCGUCGAUCCAAACGAUCCCGCAAGCUGGCAAACCAAGCUCGACGCACUUCCCCCUCUCCCUCAACUUAGAGCUGCAGAACCUGCUCGUACAGGCCGUUUCAUCGUCGAGACAACCGAGUGGGGUCUAGUCCAACGUCCCGACUAUGUUUCUGUGCUUUACCAAGUCGGUAGCGCAACUCCACUCCGCGUCGUUUCUAAAGUCGCAGCGACGAUCAUCGACAUGCCUGACGAUGCGUUGUUCGUCAUUGGUGUCAACACGAAGACUCAGGAGAUAGGUAUCAAUGGUGUGCAGCAGAAGGAUGUGGCGAAUACCCUUGUCAGCUAUUUGGUGCAAGGGAUAUUCUAUGCCCAUGAGAAGGCAUUUGGGUGGGUGUUUGGUAAAUUUUGGUAA